AUGCUAGCAAGUACUUUCCUUACUUUCUCCCCACCUUCCUUCCUUCCUUCCUACCUAUCUUCAUUCCUUCCUUACUUCCUUCGUCCUUCCUUCCUUCUCUUCCUUCUUUCCUUCCUUACUUCCUUCGACCUUCCUUCCUUCCUUUCUUCCCACCUUCCUUCUUUCCUACCUUCCUUCCUUCGUCCUUCCUUCAUUACUUUCUUUCUUCUGCCUUCGUUUCUCCCCUCCUUCCUUCCUUCCUUCCUUUGUCCCUUCCUUACUUCCUUACUUCCUUCGUCCUUCCUUGCUUUCUCCCCUCCUACCUCCCUACCUCCCUCCCUUCGUUCCUUCCUGACUUCCUUCGUCCUUCCUUCCUUCCUUCCUUCCUUCCUACAUUCCUUCCUUCCUUCCUUGCUUCCUUCUCUUCCUUCCUUCCUUCGUCUUUCCUUCCUUCCUUCCUUCGUUUUUCCUUCAUUCCUUUCUCCCCUUCUUCCUUCCUUCCUUCCUUCCUUCCUUCCUUCUUUCCUUAUUUCCUACCUUGCUUCCUUCCUUCCUUACUUCCGUCGUCUUUCCUUCCUACAUCCUAUCUACCUUCCUUCCUUCUUUCCUUCCUACAUAACUUCUUUUCUUCCUUCCUACCUUCCUACCUUCCUUUUUCUUCCUUUCUUCCUUCCUUCCUCCUUCCUUCCUCCCUUCCUUCCUUCCUUUCUUUCUUUCUUAUUUCUUCUUAAUUUUUUCCUUUCUUCCUACCUACAUUCCAUCCUUCCUUCCUUCCUUCUUCCCUACCUAUCUUCCUUCGAUCCUUCUUUAAUUCCUUCGAACUUUCUUCCUUCCUUUUCUUCCUUCCUACCUACGUACCAUCCUUCCUUCGUCCUUCCUUCCUUCUUUUCCUUCCUUCCUUCCUACCAACCUACCUUCCUUCCUUCUUUCCUUCCUACAUACCUUUUUUUCUUCCUUUCUACCAACCUACCUUCCUUCUUUCCUACUUCCCUUCCUUUUCUUUCUUCCUACGUACUUUCCAUCCUUCCUUCUUUCCUUCCAUCCUUUCUACUUAUCUUCCUUCGUUCCUUCUUUACUUCCUUCGUCCAUCCUUCUUUUCCUGGCUUCCUUCCUUCCUACCUACCUACCUUCCUUCCUUCUUCCUUCCUUCCUUUCUUCCUUCCUUCCUUUCUUCUUUUCCUUCCUUCCUUCCUACCAACCUACCUUCCUUCCUUUCUUUCUUCUUUUCCUUCCUUCCUUCCAUUCUACCUACCUUCCUUCGUCCUUCCUUCCAUUCUACCUACCUUCCUUUCUUCCUUCGUCCUUCCUUCCAUUCUACCUACCUUCCUUCAUUACUUCCUUCCUUCUCUUCCUUCCUUCCUUCCUUCCUUCCUUAUCUUCCUUCCUUCCUUCUCUUUCUUGCUUCCUUCCUACCUGCCCUCUUCCUCCCUUCGUCCUUCUUUCCUUCCUUCCUUCCUUCCUUCGUCGUUCCUUCCUUCCUUUCUCCCCUCCUUCCUUCCUUCCUUCCUUCCUUCCUUCCUACUUAACAUUCAUUCGUUACUUCUUUCGUCAUUCCUCACUUCCUUCUCUUCCUUCCUUCCUUCCUUAUUUCCUACCUUCCUCUCUUCCUUCCAUCCUUCCUUCCUUACUUCCUUCGUCCUUCCUUUUUUCCUUCUCUUCCUUCCUUCCUACCUACCUUCCUUCCUACAUACCUUCCUUUUCUUCCUUCCUACCUACCUUCCUUCCUUCCUUCCUUCCUUCCUUCCUUCCCUUCCUUUUCUUCCUUCCUUUAUUCCUUCGUCCUUCCUUCCUCCUUUCUUUUCCUUCCUUCCUUCAUUCUUCCUUCUCUUCCUUCCUUUCUACCUUCCUUUCUUUCAUACUUCCUUUUUCCUUCCUUCCUACCGACCUUCCAUCCUUCCUUCGUCUUUCCUUCUCUUCCUUCCUUCCUUCCUACCUACCUACCUACAUACCUUCCUUCCUUCUUUCCUUCCUACAUACCUUCGUCCUUCAUUUUUCCCGCAUUCCUUCCUACCUUCCUUCCUUCGUCGUUCGUUCGUUCCUUUCUUUCUCCCCUCCUUCCUUCCUUCUUUUCUCCCUUUCCUUCCCUUCCAACCUUCUUUCCAAACGUCCUUGCUUCCUUGCUUCCUUCCUUCCUUCCUUCCUUUUUUACCUAACUACCUUCUUUCCUACUUCCCUUCCUUUUCUUUCUUCCUUCCUUCCUUCCUUCCUUUUUUUUUACUAACUACCUUCUUUCCUACUUCCCUUCCUUUUCUUCCUUCCUUCCUAACUACCUUCCUUCGUUCCUUCCUUACUUCCUUCGUCCUUCCUUGCUUCCUUUUCCUUCUCUUCCUUCCUUCCUUCCUUCGUCCUUCCUUCCUUCCUUCCUUCGUCCUUCCUUCGUCCUUCCUUCCUACUUACCUUCCUUAUUUCCUUCGUCCUUCCUCCCUUCCUUCCUUCUCUUCCUUCGUCCUUCCUCCCUUCCUUCCUUCUCUUCCUUCGUCCUUCGUCCCUUCCUUCCUUCUUUCUCUUCCUUCCUUCUCUUCCUUCCUUCCUUCCUACCUACCUUCCUUCCUUAGUUCCUUCGUCCUUACUUCCUUCCUACCUACCUUCCUUCCUUACUCUUUUCGUCCUUCCUUCCUUCGUCCUUGCUUCCUACUUACCUUACUUACUUCCUUCGUCCUUCCUCCCUUCCUUCUCUCCCUUCCUUCUCUUCCUUCCCUUCUUUCCUACCUACCUUCCUUCGUUCCUUCGGCCGUCCUUCCUUCCUUCCUUCGUCCAUCCUUCCUACUUACCUUCCUUACUUCCUUCGUCCUUCCUCCCUUCUAUUCCUUCUCUUCCUUCCUUCUCUUCCUUACCUUCCUUCCUUCCUUCCAUCCUUCCUUCCUUCCUUCCUUCCUUCCUUCCUUCCUUAGUUCCUUCGUCCUUCCUUCCUUCCUACCUGCCUUCCUUCCUUACUCUUUUCGUCCUUCCUUCCUUCGUCCUUCCUUCCUACUUACCUUACUUACUUCCUUCGUGUUUCCUCCCUUCCUUCUCUUCCUUCCUUCUCUUCCUUCCCUUCCUUCCUACCUACUUUCCUUCGUUCUUUCGUCCUUCCUUCCUUCUAUCUCUUCCUUUCUUCCUUCCUUCCUUCUUCCUUCCUUCCUUCCAUCAUACAUACCUUCUUUUUCUUCCUUCCUACCUUCCUUCAUUCCUUUCUUCCUAGUUCUCUUCCUUUCCUUCCUUCCUUCCUUCCUUCCUUCCUUCCUUCCUUCCUUCGUCCUUCCUUCCUUCCUUACCAUUUUCGUCCUUCCUUCCUUCCAUCUCUUCCUUUCUUCCUUCCUUCUCUUCCUUCCUUCCUUCCUUCCUUCCUAG